AUGGGGACGAAGGCAAGAACAACGACUCUAGUUUCGGAAGAAGAAGAAGAGACUCCUCUCAGAGGCAUAUUCUGUCUUAAAACCAGACAAGACAUGAAGAGAAUCGAGGAAACUGAGGACUGUUUCAUACUCGAUUUCGAUCCUUUUGAUUGCUUCGACCUGACAAGACUCUCUAUAUCUGGUGAUAACGAUCUUGCUAUAAUCCAUGAGACAGGCCAGUGUUACUGUUACGUUUGCGAUAAGCCUGCUCCUUGUGCACAAUGGAAGUCUUCGCACUGCAAUGCUUCAGCGGAUUCUAUGGAGCGGAAGUUACUGAUCCCUGAGAAUGAGAGCUACUCUAACGCUGAUUAA